CGCCGGGCACGCAGGGCGCGCGCAGGGACGACGAUCGAUCGUUCUUUGAGCGCAUCAUGGUCGCGACGCGAAGAUCCAGCGCGAACGCGACGGCGGAGGUCAAGCCUCAGGAGUUGAGCGUCGACGCGAUGGUGACGGACGAGAAGCCGUCCGUCUCCUCGAACGACGCCGUCGCCGAGGAGGACCUGUACACGAGGCUGAAAGAGCUCCAGAGAGAGCUCGAGUUCGUGGAGAUCCAAGAGGAGUACGUCAAGGAUGAGCAGAAAAACCUCAAGAUCGAACUCUUGCGCGCGCAAGAAGAAGUGAAGAGGAUCCAAGCCGUGCCGCUCGUUAUCGGGCAGUUCCUCGAGAUGGUGGACGAGAGCUCCGGGAUCGUGUCCUCGACGACGGGCAGCAACUACUACGUCCGGAUCUUGAGCACUCUGAAUCGGGAGCUCCUGAAGCCGUCGUCCUCCGUCGCGUUGCACAGGCACUCGAACGCGCUCGUCGACAUCCUCCCCCCGGAGGCGGACAGCAGCAUCUCGCUGCUCACGGACGCGGAGCGGCCGGACGUAAAGUACAGCGACGUGGGUGGGAUGGACGUCCAAAAGCAGGAGAUUCGCGAGGCUGUGGAGCUGCCGUUGACGCACUUUGAUUUGUACCGGCAAAUCGGCAUCGACCCGCCGCGCGGGGUGCUCCUGUACGGCCCUCCGGGGACGGGGAAGACGAUGCUCGCGAAAGCGGUCGCGCACCACACGACCGCGGCGUUCAUCCGCGUCGUCGGGUCCGAGUUUGUGCAGAAGUAUCUCGGCGAAGGACCGCGGAUGGUGAGAGACGUGUUCAGGCUCGCGAAGGAAAACGCGCCGGCGAUCAUCUUCAUCGACGAGGUGGACUCGAUCGCCACGGCGCGUUUCGACGCGCACACGGGCGCGGACAGAGAGGUGCAGCGCAUUCUCAUGGAGCUUCUGAAUCAGAUGGACGGGUUCGAUCAGACGGUGAACGUCAAGGUGAUCAUGGCGACGAACAGGCACGACACGCUCGACCCGGCGUUGCUUCGACCGGGUCGUCUCGAUCGUAAGAUCGAGUGCCCGGCUCCGGACCGACGGCAGAAGCGCUUGGUGUUUCAGGUGUGCACCGCGAAGAUGAACCUCUCCGACGAGGUCGACCUGGAGGAUUACGUCUCGAGGCCGGACAAGAUCUCCGCGGCGGACAUUCGAAGCAUCUGCCAAGAAGCCGGUCUGCAAGCCGUGCGUAAGAACCGGUACGUCGUCAUGCCGAAGGAUUUCGAGAAGGGGUACAAGAGUUCCGUGAGGAAGCCUGGGGACGACUUCGAGUUUUACAAGUGAGAGCGACGGGUGAUGGGAGCGCUCUGGACAGUAGCAAUCAUACAGUAGUAGGAAUUCAUCGUGUAAAACAACACUCGCGUACGAACG